GGUAUCUGGUCUUAAAAUUAAUUUCGGGAAGAGCCAAUUAAUGGGGAUCGGGGUUGAAGACAAUUGGAGAAAUAAGAUGGCGUUCAGGCUGUGUUGUAAAGAAGGGGAGCUUCCAUUCAAAUAUUUGGGGAUCCCAGUUGGAGGAAAUCAUAAAAGAGUGGCAAUGUGGCAGCCAAUGGUGAAUUCAUUCAAAAAAAAACUAACUACUUGGAAGGGUCGGUUUUUAUCCUUGGGAGGCCGUAUCACGCUCAUUAAUUCAGUGCUGUCUAGCCUGCCCGUGUUCCUCAUGUCAGUCUACUUAAUCCCGAAAGGUAUACUCUACUCUAUUGAUAAAAUUCGUAGAAGUUUUUUAUGGGGGGGUGGGGGUGAAAAGAGAAAAAUAAAGUGGGUCAGCUGGGAUAAGGUGUGUAAAAAAAAGGAGGAAGGCGGGUUGGGGGUGAGGGAGUUGAGGAAAUUUAACCUGGCGUUGUUGGGCAAAUGGUGGGGACGUCUUGCUGAAAAUAAGGAGGGGUUGUGGAAGCGAGUAAUUAUAGGGAAGUAUGGAGAGAGGGGGGGACAUUGGCUGGACUGGAUUAAAGAAAGAGAAGGACUAGGCUCUACAUGGUGGAGGGAUGUAUGCUGCAUUGAUAAAAUGGAUAGGGAGAGAGUAGGAUGGCUGUUGGAAGGGUUUAGAAUAAAGCUUGGGGAUGGUAAGAGGGUGAGCUUUUGGUGGGAUAAUUGGUGCGGGGUGGGCUAUCUUGCUAAUAAAUACCCUAGACUGUAUUUGAUAUCCACAGGAAAGGACAACAAGUGCCACCAAAUGGGAAACGAAGGAAAUGAACAAUGGAGCUGGAACCUCCAAUGGAGAAGAAAGCUAUUUGAAUGGGAGAAAGAAGAGGCAAAGGAACUCCAACAAUUGAUAGAAGACAAGAAAAUCAAGCAAGGAAGGCCAGACUCGUGGGAAUGGGUCCAUGACAAGGAUGGGCAAUACUCCACUAAGACAGCAUACUCAAUCCUAACAAAAGAUCAGAUAGAAACAAAUGAGAUAUCGACAUACAAAAGAAUAUGGAAUCCCAAAUUUCCAAGUAAAGUCUCAGCCUUCAACUGGCAACUUUUGCUCGACAGAAUCCCAACAAAAGUCAACUUGGUUAUUAGAGGGAUUAUUGGAGAAGCAGAAGAUGGCAAAUGCGUCUUUUGCAAGGAGGAAGAUGAAGACUCCAAACACGUAUUUCUGAAAUGCAAAAUAACCAGUUGGGUGUGGCAAGAAUGCGCUAAAUGGUGGGGAACAGAGGUUAGGCUGGAAAGGGAUUGCUGGAAUUCAUUUCAGAGGUUUGGGAAAUGGAGCAAAGAUCCAAAGGUAAAAGAAGGCUGGGAUUGCAUUUGGAGUACUGUAAUCUGGACAGUGUGGCUUGCUCGGAAUCAAAUGAUUUUCCAAGAUAAAAAAACUGACCCGAGAAAGUUGCUGGAAAUCAUACAAGUGCGAUCCUUCCAAUGGUGUACAGCAAAACUGGACAGGUAUGCUUUUACAUUCACUGAUUGGCUAAUUAACCCAGUAGAAUGUAUUAAAAGUCUCCAUGCUGGUCGGAAAAAGAGGGUCUGAUGAGGAGUUAUAAGGCUGUAUAAUUUUGCUUAGUAUAUUGAAAUGGAGUUGGGUCAUGAUGGCUACUUUGAGCAGCUCUUUGACUAUAGUCUACUCCUUCAUGGAUUGAGUGGGUUAAAGUAGAAGUAGUCAAUGCAUGCUCAAUGUUGUGAUUGC